AUGAGAAAAAACAUAAUACUUGUGGCAUAUAUAUGUUUUAUUUAUAUGAGAGCUAAAUGUGAAGCACUGAAACUAAAUAAUAUACUAAAUAAAUCAUAUUUUGCCAUUAUAAGCAACUAUAACAAUAAUAAUAAUAAUAAUAAUAAUAAUAUUAAUCAUAUUAAUGGUCAAGGGAAACAUAUAAAUAAGAGUAGUCAUAAUAAAGGAGGUAUAUUAAAUAAUGAGAUAUUAAAAAAAACGGGAAAGGAAAAUAAAAAGAUUAAGGAAAAUGUUCCAAAAGAUAUAAAGGAACAUGUCUCUGAAAUUGCAAAAGAAAAUAAAUUUCUUCAUUUUGAAAAUAAUAAAAAGAUAUCGAUAAAUCCUUUAUUUGAAUCACUUUGUAAAAAGGUAAGUGUUAGUGAAACCUGUUUAUAUAAUAUACAGAAAUUUUAUAGUGAGGUAAAUUAUAUGAAUCUUAAAAAUAAGAAUCCUAAAGAUAAUAAAUAUUUUUGUGGAGUAUUAUAUGGUAAAUAUGAAAAUGAUGAAUUUGUAAAAGUUGAACAUGUUUUCUUUUCAAUGAAUAGAAGUGAACAAGCAUAUGAUGAAAAUUAUCUAUUACAUAGUGAAGAUAGAAAAAGAGCAGACCAGCUAGCCAAAAUGUUAAAUUUAGAAGUUGUUGGAUUUCUAUAUGCAUAUCCUGAUAUAGGAGUUGAUUUGAAUAUGUCUAAUAAAAAACAAAAUCAUUUUAUAAAAUUAAACAAAAAAAUGAAAACUUUGAAUGAUGAAGAAAAUGAAUUAUUUAUUCCUAUGGGGGGAAAAGAAGUGUUAUUAUCCAUAAAGUUAAUGUGGCAAAUAAUGAGGCAAUCAAAAAUAGGAGAAGACAAAAAUAGUAAAGUAGAUACACAUAUGAAUAAAAACAAAUAUAACAACAACAACAAUAAUAAUAAUAAUAAUAAUAAUAAUAAUAAUGAUAAUAAUGAUGAUCAUAAUCAUAAUCGUGAUGAUACAAAUUUGGUGGAAGAGAAUGGUGAUGAGCAAAAUAAUGAUAACAUUAAAAAGAAAAAGAAUGAGCCAUUCAAAUUUAAGAAUAUAAAAAAGAAGAAAAAAAUAAAACAAGGAAAAAAAAAUAUGAAUAUAAAACCAUUUAUUACUUUAUCCAUUGGUAUGAAUAAAAAUAAUGAAUCUAUAAUAGUUGAAGCAUAUGAAAUGAAUUAUGAUUUAUUAAAAUUAAUAAAACAUGAUAUGAUAAAAGAUAUGAAUAAACAAAAUAGUAUAUUACAAUUUGAAAAAAAUGAUAAAGAUAAAGAAAUAAAAAUAAAAACAUUUGAUAGUGAAAUAGAUAUUAUGAAUGAAUUAUAUUUAAAAUGUAAAAAUAAUAUACUUAUAAAAAAAAUAGAAAUUAAAAAAAUUGAUAUCCUUUUUUGUGUAAAUAAUAUACCUAUAUUUUCUCAUAAAGGUAAUUAUAAUUAUUUUUUCCCAUAUCCAACCAAUACAAAUUAUUAUUAUAUAUUACAAACAUUUAAUCAUAUGAUUAAAGCAUUACAUAAUAAAAGCGAUAUUGUUAAUAUUUUUAGAGAUUUUAAUUUUUUAUUUUUCUUAACAAAUAUUUUUUCAAUUGAUCAUGAUAUUCCUUAUUUUUGUAAUGCUGUCAAAGAUGUUAAUAAUUCGGUGGAUAUACCAGACCAUUAUUUGCACAUUUUACAAAAUCUAUCCAACAACGCAAACAUGUUUCAAUAA